UUUGAAUUGCAAUUAUUGCAAGAAUUGAGUGCUUUUUAUAACUUUAGGUUUCAGUUAAUAGAUUGUCAGUACAAUUGGGGCCGGUAUGUGAACGGCACCUGGACUGGACUUAUUGGGGAUGUGUCGCAAAAUGUGGCUGAUAUUGGUUUAUCCGGGGUAUCCAUAACCUCUGAGAGGGCACAAGUAGUCGACUUCACCGAAUCACAUAUACUGACAUCACUUACAUUCAUAACCCCACCGCCCCUUAGGGGUCAGUCCAUGGAUUUAGUGCUCCGACCCUUUCACACCUACAUAUGGCUGUGUCUGAUGGCAUCGCUUAUACUUAUGAUAAUCAGUGUAUAUCUCAUAACCAUUUACUACAUCCAACUCAACACUAUUAGCAUCAAGUGGUGUAUAAUCGCCGCUCUAUUGAAGCAGAAUAUUGUUUGGAAAAUACCGAAUAUUCUGUGUUUAAGGUGUGGGUUGAGUGGGUGGCAGUUGGCCUGUCUGGUCGUCAUACAGGCAUACAGUAGUCAUUUGUAUACAUUAAUGGCAUUUCCACCUGAGAUUAAGCCCAUAAAUACUGUCCAAGACUUGGCUGCCGCUGAACAGUCGGGUGACAUA